CUUUCUCAUUUAUAUUUUCCAUUUCUUUUUGUUUAAUUUCUUCUUCUAUAAUUUGCGAAUUACCCUCUCAAAUGGAGUUUUGGAGGAGGAAAAUCGCAACCUCGGCUCUGGAGAAAUGCUACGACGACAACCGUACUACAGGCAGAUCGGUGAAUAACAAUAAGUCGAAGGAUUUCCUAAACGAGGAUCUUGUCUCAAGUGUGGUGCCGCCGGUGACGGUGGUGCUGGAGGGGCGGUCCAUCUGCCACAGAAUUAGCCUCCACAAGCAUGCGAGCUACGGAAGUCUGGCGAAGGCUCUCCGGCAGAUGUUCGUCGACGGCGACGCGGAUGACGCCGGACUUGACCUCUCCAAUGCCAUCCCCGGCCACCUCAUUGCCUAUGAAGAUAUGGAAAAUGAUCUCCUUCUUGUCGGCGACCUAAGCUGGAAAGAUUUCGUAAGAGUUGCAAGAAGAAUUCGCAUUUUGCCAAGGAAGUCCAAUUCCAGGAAGGGAUCCAUCUGAUAAUCACCAUUUCAUCAUGUGCACACAUCAUAAUAUUAAUUUAAUUAGUGUUUCUUUGCUUUCCUUAAUUUGGAAUCAAUGUUCAAUCAGUUCCAUUCAUUA